CCUCCACCCAUCAACCGAUAGAGAAGACGCCGCUUAACGGCCGUCCGUCCCUCAUCCAAACAUAUGGCAAAAACCGCCCUCUUUCUUUCUUAUAUCGCGGUGCCCACUACUCUUUAAAAAUUCCGCCGAAAAAGAGAAGACGAUUUUCCGAAACGUUCUUGCCGUUAUCUCACGGCUUCCCUGUCUCUGCACAGGUGUAUGAGCGCUACCCAGGGGGCCUAGGGGCGGCUCUCUACCGAGAGCACUUUGACUUCAACGCUGAGCCACCUUGGGAUCCUAGCUGAUAAAGGGACAGGUCCAUCUCCUGACUUGUCCAUUUCGUUGCAUACCGGCAGGACCCAAUUGGCUCAGUCGUGACCCCUUCACUUGCUUAUCUGUUCUUUAUGAGUGUUGGCUUAGCGGAAUACGGUUAAAAUGAAAGGACUCGUUGACAAACCCAGCUACAUCAUUGAACUCCUGGAGGGAGGAGUGACCCUUGAAGAUAUCAUUGACGGACACAUCUGUGAGCAGACUCUGGUGGAGAAGAGUGCAUUUGUGGUGGGAGACCUUGGUGCCCUGAUGCGGCAACAUGUCUGCUGGCAGAAUGCAGCGCCGCGGCUUCAGCCAUACUACCCAGUCAAGUGCAAUAGCAGCCCCGCAGUCAUCGAGGUGCUGGCUUCCUUGGGCCUGGGCUUCAUUUGUGCCAACAAGACUGAAGUAAGCCUGGUGCUUGACCACGGCGUGCCCCCAGAAAACAUCAUUCUGUCAGGCGUUUGCAAGCAGCUGGCACACAUCAAGCACGCAGCCAAGAACAACAUCCAACAUCUCGUGUGCGAAAAUGAGGCUGAGUUGUCCAAGAUUUCACGCCUGCACCCUGGUGCAAAAUUGUUGCUGCAGUUGAACACAGAGUCCCACGCAGCUGAAACCAGCAUGGCCUUUGGCUUUUCUCUGAAGAGCUGCCGGCACCUGCUGGAAGCAGCUAAGGAGCUUGGGGUCCAGGUGGUGGGGGUGACUUUUCACAUUCCCAGCUCCUGCCAAGACCUGCAACAGGCCUACACCCAUGCACUGUCAGAUGCCCGCUGUGUGUUUGACAUGGGGCUGGAUCUGGGCUUUAACAUGAACAUCCUGGACAUUGGUGGUGGAUUUACUGGCUCAGAGAGUCAGCUCAAUCAGGUAGAGUCUGCAGUCAGACCGCUGCUGGAUGCCUACUUCCCCCCAAUGUCUGGUGUGCAAGUGUUGGCCCAGCCAGGCAGCUUCUACGUGGCCUCUGCUUUCAGCCUGGCUGUGAACGUCAUCGGCAAAAAGGUGAUGAACCGUCACUGGGACAGCCUCACUCAAGGUGUGAACAAUGAAAAGACAGAGUUUCUGUACUACAUGAAUGAGGGUGUUUAUGGCCCAUUUAGCCGCAAGCUGCUGGGAAACUGCAUCGUUGCCCCGUCAGUGCAUAAGCAUGUAAUGUGCGCUGAGGAGGAGGUGUUUCCCAGCAGCCUGUGGGGCCCGUCACUGGACCAGCUGGACCAGGUGGUAGAGCGCUGCCUGCUGCCUGAGCUCAGUGUGGGAGACUGGCUCUGCUUCUCCAACAUGGGAGUGUGUGGCCUGGAGGAGUUCAGCUGCCUCUCCAGCUCCCCCCAGCUGCCCGUCUACUACACUGUCUCCACUUGUGACUGGUACGAGAUGCAGGGGGCCGGUGUGGCGCUGGACAGUGCCAUGAAGAAUUUCUCUAUGGUCCGGUACAGUGUGUAACUACCCUCUGCCCCAGUCCCGUACAACACUGCCCAGACCCCCUUAGUCUGCGCUGUCAGUGUGGGAAAAAGGGGUCAGCGAGUUGUUUGGGACAAGGGUCUACAUGUGCUCCACAUUCCAGCCACCGUGGGGAAAAACAGUGUCCUUUUAUUUCUUCCAGAAAUUUGACUUUUUUUAUCUACCUACCCAAACAAUUGGUUGUUCGAUAUCCCAAAUCAAAAAAUCUGUCAGCCAAAAGAACUCCUGCUCAAAUGAUGAUAUGCAACAAAAUGGAUGACUCUUUGGAGAUGGGGUCCCCCCCCUUCUCCCCGCCCUCUCCUCCAUCCCAUAUGUUUUGGCUAGUUUGUUUCCCAAAUCAAAUCCAGUUUGCAAAGUGUACAAUUGAUUUAUUUCAUGUCCUCCAAUGAUCAGCGGUUGACAGUCGUGUAAAUCCCGUGUCUCUUCCAAACCAAUACAUUUUGUUAGUGGAUCAUUUUGGAAGUGUUUGAAAGAAUCAUUGCCAUGUGUAGAUUCAAUACUUCACUUUGCAAAGUCUAAAUGAAAUUAUGACAAUGAUGUAACCGAUUUCUUUAAUGCAGCUCACCUCAAUGCAUUUUUAUUUAUUGGACUCAGAUAAUACUGGAGCAAAUUUAAAGCUUUUUAUGCAUUUUGCCCAGGUAUUAUACUGUGGACCAUCUAACAGUGUUUUCCGGAUGAGAUAUUUAUGUGUUUUUUAACGCUACAUGGAUUAAGUGUCCUGUGAUGGCCAUUUGUGACCUCAGUGGUUUCCCCUUUACUCAAAAGGCAUGAAGUAAUAGCUGUGGGAUAUUCUCUCUUAGUCGAGCUGUAACUUGAAUAGAGAAGCUGCAUACACCUUAAUGCACCUCUUGCCUCUAAUAGAGACAAGUUAAUCUGGUUUUAAAUGCACACAAUCUUUUGUAGGUUAAAUAAGUGCUGUGACAUUUAGCACCAGAGCUCUGAUUUUUCAGAUCAUCACAUUGGUGUCUCGUCAUGGGAUGGGUCCUUGUUUUUGUUUUUUUUACAGGGUCUGAGAAAGUCACAAAGGGGCUAUUUCUCAAACUUAAACAAUCUGUCUGUGGCAGAUGCGGACCUAUUUGUCCGGCUCUCACACAAAAGGCAUACUAGCUGUACACAGACCUCUUUGAGGCAGUGCACACAACAAAUGAUAAACUUCCUCAUGCCUCUCUUAAGUUAUGAGGGACAUAAUGCAUAGUCUCUUGUACAGCUAAAUGUCUCAUGUCUGAUAAAAUAAAAUGUGUUGUUACUGAACUGCAGUUUUUAAAGAAUCCUGCCCUUGUGUGUUAUAAAUGACUAAUGUAUUAAUUACUUGCUUGUCUAAGGCACUAAUGGACCAUAGCCUGUUAUUGACUGUAAAUUGUGCUUGUUUAAGUAAUGAAAGUGAUUAAUUUAAUACAUUUCUGAUUGAAAUCA